AAAUGAAAUCUUAAUAAGAAUAUAAUAGUGAAAAUAAUCUUAGAAUAAGAAUAAGAAUAAUAAAAUCAAUAAUAAAUUAGAAUAGAAAGUUAUUAAGAGUGAGAGAUAUAUACAAAAAGAAUGGAAAUAAUUAAGAUUUUAAUAAUAAUAGAGACUUAUGAAAAUUAAUAAUUAGUACAAAAUCCUUAUGAGAAGAAUUAUUUAAUAAGAGCCUUAAAGAUUAACCUAAUUAUUUGGAAGAUUUUUGAAAUACUCUUAAUUUUAGUAUAUUAUUGUAGUUUUAGCCUGCUUAAAUUAUAAAUGAUUUUUACUGGAAU